AUACAAAUCUGUAUAUUGUGCUGCGUCACAUAGGAGAGGUCUAUUCGUAGGUGACGUAAUGAGGCCUCGACGGGGAGUUUGCACUAAACAUAUGUCCACCGUUUUCUAAAAAUCUUAUGAAGAGUAUCUUACUUUCGGUUUUGAUACUUGGAAAUAUACUCCUUUAUGGAAAUUCCGUGCUCAGUAAACAGGGUCCUGCAUUCACAUACACAGCUGGCACUCGUCUCACUGUUAAAUCAAAGAGGAAGGAAGAAAACAUUACUGUUUGAUUGAUAGCAUUAUGGGAAAGAAAAACAAGAAAAAACAAGGGAAAAAUAAUAAUAAUGGGAAAUUCAAACGCGUCGACAUGCAUAGUAAAGGUUCUAAAGCUAAAGAUAAAUGUCCAGGUCCAUCUGAGGAGGACAGUUCAAGGACGAAUGGAAUGAAUUCUCUGUGUACUAACGGUGGUGAUAGCAGUUCUGACGUCCUUCAACAAAAUGCUGUGAAGAGCACAAUGCAAACUAAGGAUGAAAGGAAAGUAGGAGAAAAUGAUCAGGAUGAAAACCAGUCGAUCCAUGAUAAAUCGACAAAUACUGACGGCAGUAGAAAUAAUGGUCGUUCGAUGAAAAGUAACGAAAAUGAUAGAGAUCAUGUUGUUAAUGACGAAAGUGAUACAAAGGGGAAAACGCAAUCUGGUAUUGAGUGUGACAAAACACAAGAAGAUAACCACACAGGCAUUAAUUCAAAUGGCAGAGAAUCUUCUACUGAAGACAAACAAUCCAAAUUGAAUAAUCAAGUGUCCCAAUCUGAUACUGAGUGUGACAGAACACAAGGAGAAGACAACCACAUGGGCACCAAUUCAAAUGGCAGAGAAUCUUCUACUGAUGACAAGCAAUCCCAAUCGAAUAACCAAGUGUCCCAAUCUGAUACUGAGUGUGACAGAACACAAGGAGAAGACACCCACAUGGGCACCAAUUCAAAUGGCAGGAAAUCUUCUACUGACGACAGGCAAUCCCAAUCGAAUAACCAAGUGUCCCAAUCUGAUACUGAGUGUGACAGAACACAAGGAGAAGACAACCACAUGGGCACCAAUUCAAAUGGCAGAGAAUCUUCUACUGACGACAAGCAAUCCAAAUCGUCGUCUUGUGAGGCGAAUAACCAAGUGUCCCAAUCUGAUACUGAGUGUGACAGAACACAAGGAGAAGACAACCACAUGGGCACCAAUUCAAAUGGCAGAGAAUCUUCUACUGACGAUAAGCAAUCCCAAUCGAAUAACCAAGUGUCCCAAUCUGAUACUGAGUGUGACAGAACACAAGGAGAAGACAACCACAUGGGCACCAAUUCAAAUGGCAGAGAAUCUUCUACUGAAGACAAGCAAUUCCAAUCGAAUAACCAAGUGUCCCAAUCUGAUACUGAGUGUGACAGAACACAAGGAGAAGACAACCACAUGGGCACCAAUUCAAAUGGCAGAGAAUCUUCUACUGACGACAAGCAAUCCCAAUCGAAUAACCAAGUGUCCCAAUCUGAUACUGAGUGUGACAGAACACAAGGAGAAGACAACCACAUGGGCACCAAUUCAAAUGGCAGAGAAUCUUCUACUGACGACAAGCAAUCCAAAUCGUCGUCUUGUGAGGCGAAUAACCAAGUGUCCCAAUCUGAUACUGAGUGUGACAGAACACAAGGAGAAGACAACCACAUGGGCACCAAUUCAAAUGGCAGAGAAUCUUCUACUGACGACAAGCAAUCCCAAUCGAAUAACCAAGUGUCUCAAUCUGAUACUGAGUGUGACAGAACACAAGGAGAAGACAACCACAUGGGCACCAAUUCAAAUGGCAGAGAAUCUUCUACUGAUGACAAGCAAUCCCAAUCGAAUAACGAAGUGUCUCAAUCUGAUACUGAGUGUGACAGAACACAAGGAGAAGACAACCACAUGGGCACCAAUUCAAAUGGCAGAGAAUCUUCUACUGACGACAAGCAAUCCCAAUCGAAUAACCAAGUGUCUCAAUCUGAUACUGAGUGUGACAGAACACAAGGAGAAGACAACCACAUGGGCACCAAUUCAAAUGGCAGAGAAUCUUCUACUGAUGACAAGCAAUCCCAAUCGAAUAACCAAGUGUCUCAAUCUGAUACUGAGUGUGACAGAACACAAGGAGAAGACAACCACAUGGGCACCAAUUCAAAUGGCAGAGAAUCUUCUACUGAAGACAAGCAAUCCCAAUCGAAUAACCAAGUGUCCCAAUCUGAUACUGAGUGUGACAGAACACAAGGAGAAGACAACCACAUGGGCACCAAUUCAAAUGGCAGAGAAUCUUCUACUGAUGACAAGCAAUCCCAAUCGAAUAACCAAGUGUCUCAAUCUGAUACUGAGUGUGACAGAACACAAGGAGAAGACAACCACAUGGGCACCAAUUCAAAUGGCAGAGAAUCUUCUACUGACGAUAAGCAAUCCCAAUCGAAUAACCAAGUGUCCCAAUCUGAUACUGAGUGUGACAGAACACAAGGAGAAGACAACCACAUGGGCACCAAUUCAAAUGGCAGAGAAUCUUCUACUGAAGACAAGCAAUCCCAAUCGAAUAACCAAGUGUCCCAAUCUGAUACUGAGUGUGACAGAACACAAGGAGAAGACAACCACAUGGGCACCAAUUCAAAUGGCAGAGAAUCUUCUACUGAUGACAAGCAAUCCCAAUCGAAUAACCAAGUGUCCCAAUCUGAUACUGAGUGUGACAGAACACAAGGAGAAGACACCCACAUGGGCACCAAUUCAAAUGGCAGGAAAUCUUCUACUGACGACAAGCAAUCCCAAUCGAAUAACCAAGUGUCCCAAUCUGAUACUGAGUGUGACAGAACACAAGGAGAAGACAACCACAUGGGCACCAAUUCAAAUGGCAGAGAAUCUUCUACUGACGACAAGCAAUCCAAAUCGUCGUCUUGUGAGGCGAAUAACCAAGUGUCCCAAUCUGAUACUGAGUGUGACAGAACACAAGGAGAAGACAACCACAUGGGCACCAAUUCAAAUGGCAGAGAAUCUUCUACUGACGACAAGCAAUCCCAAUCGAAUAACCAAGUGUCUCAAUCUGAUACUGAGUGUGACAGAACACAAGGAGAAGACAACCACAUGGGCACCAAUUCAAAUGGCAGAGAAUCUUCUACUGACGAUAAGCAAUCCCAAUCGAAUAACCAAGUGUCCCAAUCUGAUACUGAGUGUGACAGAACACAAGGAGAAGACAACCACAUGGGCACCAAUUCAAAUGGCAGAGAAUCUUCUACUGAAGACAAGCAAUCCCAAUCGAAUAACCAAGUGUCCCAAUCUGAUACUGAGUGUGACAGAACACAAGGAGAAGACAACCACAUGGGCACCAAUUCAAAUGGCAGAGAAUCUUCUACUGAAGACAAGCAAUCCCAAUCGAAUAACCAAGUGUCCCAAUCUGAUACUGAGUGUGACAGAACACAAGGAGAAGACAACCACAUGGGCACCAAUUCAAAUGGCAGAGAAUCUUCUACUGACGACAAGCAAUCCAAAUCGUCGUCUUGUGAGGCGAAUAACCAAGUGUCCCAGGACCAUAUAGAGAGAGAUAAUAAGGACAUUCCACAUUCUGAGGGUGAUGUUCGUAAUAAUCGUUUGUCAAGAAAUGUCACAGAUGGGUCUGAAAGAGGUAUGGAGGAAGAAAAGCAAUGUGGGAAUCCAAGCCUGACAGAAGCACAGAACAGUAAGAAAAUAACUGCUAAGAUGAGUGAUAGUUCAGAGAAGAUGAAUACAACUGAUCGUGAGAACGUGGGCGGGAUGGAUGACCAUGAUAGUAGUCGACAAAGUACUGAGGAUAGAACAAAUCAAUCUGAGGAUUCAAGAAAAGCAGAAUCACACAAGGAAUUAGAUGGAAGCGGAAGUACCGCAUUUGAACAUUCACAGACUGAUAAAGAAGUGCAAGGUAGAAAGGAUGAUAUACCUAUUGAAUCUACGACAAGAACGGAACCAAGCACAACGUUAUUGGAAGAAAUAGUGACAUCAAAUCCAUCUACUGCAGAGGAAGCUGAACAGCAUGACAUAAGGAAUGAAGAUCGAAGAAAUUCAUUUUCAAUGGCAAAUAAUCCAUCUAAUGAAGAGGAAAUUGAACGUCUGCAAAAUGAAAUUCAAAGCAAAGCAGCUGAAAAUGCCACUUUGCUUCAACGUCAUAUGGCAUCGGAAAAUGAAAGCAAAGAGUUGUCAGAAAAAGUGUCGUCAUAUGAGAAAGAAAAUGCGGAACUAAAAGAGGAGCUUGAAAGAAUGUGUAAUGAAAACAUAUCCUCCUAUCACAAGGAAAUAGAAGGUCUGAAAAGUGAAUUACAGAGCAAAACAGUACAACUGACACAGAAAGAGACGGAAGCUGAAGCAAGAAUAAAAGAACUUCAGACCCAGGUGUCAAAUUCAACCGAGAAACUCAAAAGCCUCGAAGAAAACAUAUCAUCCCAUGAAGAGGAAAUUGAACGUCUGCAAAAUGAAAACCAAAGCAAAUUAGAAGACAACCACAUGGGCACCAAUUCAAAUGGCAGAGAAUCUUCUACUGAAGACAAGCAAUCCCAAUCGAAUAACCAAGUGUCCCAAUCUGAUACUGAGUGUGACAGAACACAAGGAGAAGACAACCACAUGGGCACCAAUUCAAAUGGCAGAGAAUCUUCUACUGACGACAAGCAAUCCAAAUCGUCGUCUUGUGAGGCGAAUAACCAAGUGUCCCAGGACCAUAUAGAGAGAGAUAAUAAGGACAUUCCACAUUCUGAGGGUGAUGUUCGUAAUAAUCGUUUGUCAAGAAAUGUCACAGAUGGGUCUGAAAGAGGUAUGGAGGAAGAAAAGCAAUGUGGGAAUCCAAGCCUGACAGAAGCACAGAACAGUAAGAAAAUAACUGCUAAGAUGAGUGAUAGUUCAGAGAAGAUGAAUACAACUGAUCGUGAGAACGUGGGCGGGAUGGAUGACCAUGAUAGUAGUCGACAAAGUACUGAGGAUAGAACAAAUCAAUCUGAGGAUUCAAGAAAAGCAGAAUCACACAAGGAAUUAGAUGGAAGCGGAAGUACCGCAUUUGAACAUUCACAGACUGAUAAAGAAGUGCAAGGUAGAAAGGAUGAUAUACCUAUUGAAUCUACGACAAGAACGGAACCAAGCACAACGUUAUUGGAAGAAAUAGUGACAUCAAAUCCAUCUACUGCAGAGGAAGCUGAACAGCAUGACAUAAGGAAUGAAGAUCGAAGAAAUUCAUUUUCAAUGGCAAAUAAUCCAUCUAAUGAAGAGGAAAUUGAACGUCUGCAAAAUGAAAUUCAAAGCAAAGCAGCUGAAAAUGCCACUUUGCUUCAACGUCAUAUGGCAUCGGAAAAUGAAAGCAAAGAGUUGUCAGAAAAAGUGUCGUCAUAUGAGAAAGAAAAUGCGGAACUAAAAGAGGAGCUUGAAAGAAUGUGUAAUGAAAACAUAUCCUCCUAUCACAAGGAAAUAGAAGGUCUGAAAAGUGAAUUACAGAGCAAAACAGUACAACUGACACAGAAAGAGACGGAAGCUGAAGCAAGAAUAAAAGAACUUCAGACCCAGGUGUCAAAUUCAACCGAGAAACUCAAAAGCCUCGAAGAAAACAUAUCAUCCCAUGAAGAGGAAAUUGAACGUCUGCAAAAUGAAAACCAAAGCAAAUUAGCUGAAAAUGCCACUUUGGUACAGCGUUGGAUGGCCUCGGAAGACAAAAGCAAACAGUUGUCAGAAAUUGAGGAAGAAACGAGAAACUCAUAUCAAAAACUUGAAACUCGCCUGACAGAAUGUCAAGAAAAAGUGUCAUCAUGCGAGAAAGAAAAUGCAGAUCUGAAAGAGGAGCUUGAAAGGAUUCGGACUGAUUAUAAUGAAAAACAGAAACUGACAGAAGAAUUAAGCAGUUUAAAAGAAUCCCGUGACCAAGAAGUGAAUGCUGGAAAGGAAAAGGACACACAAAUAGAGCAACUGAAUGAGAAAUUAAAAGGACUUGAAAAUUCAUUAGCAAAACUCCAUCAGCAGUUAACUGAAAAAACCGAAGAAUUUGAAAAGCUGGACAUAGAAAUGAAGAAACGAAAUGAGGACAAUGCCACACUUCUCCACAAACAUCUGGAGGAAGAAAAGCGUGCAAGAGAAUUCAAAGAUUCUUCGGAGCAAUUGAAAUGCACCAGUCAGGAUCUCGAAAGCCAACUCAAGGCUACUAAAGUACAACUGACACAGAAAGAGACGGAAGCUGAAGCAAGAAUAAAAGAACUUCAGACCCAGGUGUCAAAUUCAACCGAGAAACUCAAAAGCCUCGAAGCUCAAUCGAAACAGGAAAAAGGAAAACUUCAAACAGAAAUCUACAGAUUGACGAAGGAAGCUGAGGGAUUACGGAAUCAACAGCAACAAGCAAUUGUUGAACUGAAAAGAAAAGAAGAAGAUAAAGAAAAAUUAAAUGCACAACUUCAUAAUAUCAAAAGAGAAUUAGAGAAAACGCAAAGAGACAAAACUCAGAUGGAUGCACGCAUUAACCAGUUGACAGAUCAAUUGAAAAUUUGCCAGACGAAGAUAUUGGAAUUUGAGGCUGCAAUAACUUUAAAAGAGGCAGAGAAGAAUUAUGCUAAUGAGUGUAUGCAAAAGGCAGUUCAGGAACACCAGUCCAUGAUACACCAGGUGGCAAAUCUGCAGAGAAUGGAGCUGGAGAAGAGAGAAUUGGAGCAAGACAAACAGCUGCAUCUCAAUGAAAUCACCAGACUGCGGUCAUCCCUGCAAGAAUCGCAAUAUUUGCGAAAUCAUUUACAGGAAUAUUACAAAUUACUGCAAGAUUCUCAAAUGGAAUUAAACAGAGAAAAGGAACAAAAUAGACAUUUCAACGAAUUGUUGUCAACCACUGGUCAUCGUUUAGAGAAUAUGGCUGGGGACUUGCACACUUACCGCUCUUCAUCUGAAAACAAUCGACGAUUACUGGAACAUGAAAAAGAAAAUGUGCAUGGUCUUCAACGACAGAUUGAUCGUCUCUCGAUGAUGAAUGAAAAGUUACAAGAAGAACGUGACAAAUACCACCAAGAAAGCUUUGACUUAAAAGAUCAAAACCAAGAAUUGAAUGAAGAGAUGGAGAGAUCAAGGAUUGAAAACACAGAAUUGAAACAACAAAUUCAAAAUCUAACACUGCCCCAACAAAUGGCUGAAGACGCAACUGAUGGAACAAUCGAAAUUAGAAGAUUUCCACAAGGAGGACCCAUUCAAGGGGGAUUUCAAAGUGGAGGUAAUUUCAAUUUUACAAGUACACCAUCAGGUCGGCCAAAAGGAAAUGGUCCGGCAGUCUUCGGCUUUGGUCAGCCAAAUGGAAAUGGUCCGGCAGUCUUCGGCUUUGGGAUGGGUUCUACUUAUCCUCAAAGCUAGAUCCAAACAACAAAUGAAUGAAGCAGAAGUCGUAUUGUUAUAGUUUAUUAGACUAUUGGUAUGGUAGUGUGCACAUUUUUUUUUUCAUUGAAUGACAUUUACUUUUUAUACUAUUUACAUGUACUACAUUUUAUUCCUCUUUUUAAUUGCAUUUUUAGAAAUAUAUCUUUACAGGGAAUGGAUUUUUUGUACUACAUUUCAUUAGUUUUCUUCCACUUUUUAAUUGCAUUUUUAAAAAUAUAGCUUUACAGGGAAUGGAUUUAUAAUAUUUUUUCAAUGUUUUAAGGUACCUGCACACCUGUACAUGUUUUGACAUCUCUAAAUAUUUCAAUAGACAUUUGGGGAGGGGGGGAGCUAACAGAAGGAAGAUAUGAACUCAUUGACGCAUAGAGGAAUAACAAGGUAUUAUUUUGUGGAGUAACACCCUGCCAUAUUACGAACACUCCACUCGUGAGUAAUAUAUAGAAAAAUUAAUUUCUGUCUAUAAUUUACAAUGAAAAUCAAAUAUUAUAUAGCUUUUGAAUAAAAUUCAAAAUAUUAUUCUACCUAACAGGGAACUGCAACAUCUCAUAUUUUAAAAUCGACAUCAAAGUUCAUAUGCACAAUCUUUAUGCUAUAAAUUGAUGUUGAUUAAAGGAACUAGGUCGAAUUUUGAUAUUUUUAGAACAGUUUAUUUCUAUUCUAUACUUAUUAUGAUAACAUUGUUUUUUAGAGGAAAAAACCCUCUAAACUUCACUGUUUGAGGGUGAUGUGAAUUUCAAAACGUUAUGCUGUGGAAUGUGUAGUGAAUUUUCAAACUAUUUAGAACAUGCACUAGGCCUAUAAAAUGUUUGUGUGAAUAAAUUAAAAGUUAGUCUUGGCGGAGUCAGACCUGAGAUUGCAAAAGGUCUAUUUAAUUUGAUAGAUCACUGUAACCCCAUCAACAUCUUGGAUAAAAGGCUCCACUUGUAUACAUUGUAUUUGAUUUUUACAUGAUGUAAUUGCACUUACUUUUCUACUUUUCUACAAAAUUUUCAUAUUUGUAUUUAAAUUCUGAGUCAUUUCAAUUUUACUUAUUCAUAUGUAUUCAUUUUUACAAAUUUAGUUCAAAGCACUUUUAUAAAACAAUUGCCACACGUUUACAUUGAUACAUAGCAGCAGUGAAAAAAAUACUCUUCGACUAGCUUUUAUGGAAACAAAUUAUGAUUUUAAAAAAGUUUAGAUUUCCACUGACGAAACAAGGACUUCUGAUGGUUAAUUUCUGGUAAAUAUUUCUAGUCUCACUUCGGGGACAUGGACACGAUUUCUGAUACUUUGAAAUGAGCAUUUUUAUUUUUGGUUAUAGAAAUAAAGAUCUUUAUAAAUAAGUGAAUAAAAAUAUUUCUACACAAGAUUGGUUUCGUAUUUACAUGGAGCAGGCUCCCAAACUGGUUGUUUAUAAAUGCGCGCAUAUUGUAGGACUAUAAACAAGCCCUUGUUAUAUGAUUAGCCUAGAGACCACGUGCAGAGGUAAGAACACCCAUGCUUUCUAAAAUGUAUGUCAAUUAUAUUCAAUAUGUUGACAUAUUGGGUUAAUUGUAGCCCACACAAGUUGUGGAGGGUAUAUUUUUGUUUUUGACCCGUCUGUCAGGUUUUUUUUGCCAGCGUAACUCCUCUGAGACCGCGCAACAGAAUUUUGUAAAACUUUGUAGUUAAUAAGGACACACUAUGUAGAUGUGCAUAUUCCCAGGAAAUUCUGAUUCAUAAUUUUUCUGGGAGUUAUGCCCCUUUUCGACUUAGAAUUUCGAGCUCAUCUGUCCUGUUCUUGUCAGCACAACUCCCCUGAGACCGCUCAACAAAAUUUCGUGAAAUUGUAGUUAAUAAGGACACACUGUAGAUAUGCAUAUUCCUAGGAAAUUCUGAUUCAUUAAUUUUCCUAGAUCUCAGUAUGAAUGAUAAUUUGUUAUGAUUUUGUCUGAUUGUCCUUCAGUAAUGCAUAGCAUUACCAUUCAUUAUCAAUCUCUUCCACGGAGUUAUGGUCCUUUCUCUCCCUUGUAAGAAUUUGAAGAGAAUGAUUCAUUAUAUGUGGGGCAUCGUCAUAAGCAAUGUUGAAGCGUGAGGUAUGUGAAGUUGCUCUCCUUUUCACUAUAAAUCAAUCUAAAGUGCAAGCAGAAAGAAAAAAGAACAGAAAAUAUUCUUUGUAGAAGCUUUUUUUCCCCACCGAAGCCGUCAGCUCUGACGCCAUUUUGGGCCACGUGACGUAUAAACAUAAUUGAGGCUCAUGAAUGAAAAGUUUAGAUGUCUCAAAUGCACCUCUGCAUGAGUUUUUUGAAAUUUCGGUUUGUUGCUAUGGUUAGCUCGUAUCUAAACAUUUAAUUAUUUAAGUAAUUUUCAAGGAAAUCGUGUCCAUACCCCUUUAAAUAUUACAUAUGUCUUGUACUUGUAUUUUAUAUGCAUUUCUGUACUGCAGUGUAUUAGAUUAGUACUUUUCCUAUAUAAUAAAUCAUAUAUUCACAUUCA